UUUAGAGAAGAGGAGCAGUCGAAGAAGAGUAGUCGAAGCAAAACUAGGGUCGAAAGCUGAAACUACUUAUCUCAAGAAGAAGAAGAAUUAGAAAUAUCUGUCGCAGUUUCAUCUUCAUUUUUGUUGUAUUUCACAGUCUAAUGGAUUCAUUCCUACCAAUUUUGGUUGUGGACUUAGAUAGUCGUUCCCCUGCUGGAACCAUUCUUUGAAGGCCAAACUGAUAGGCACAUGUUGCAAAUGGAGAGGUCAGAUAAUCGUGACGCGGACCACAUUAUUAGCAUUGAAAGGAGGUCAAAUGCUUCUUCUCCUAGUCCAGACCGACAUCAAGAUGAAGAAGGAGCUUCUUCUAGCAUUGAGUUGUCCGUUCCUCAAUCUUCUUUAGCUUCUUCUAAUGGUGCAAACUCUAGAAAUUCCUCGUUUGCAAGGAGAAGAGAAGGGUAUGGCCGUCGGUUCAGUAAUGGAAGAUGGAUUUUGAUUGAGCUAGUUUUUACUUUGAGUCAGAUUAUUGCCUCUGCCAUUGUUUUAUCUUUAUCGAGGCAUGUGAAACCUCAAGUCUCGUUGUCUGCAUGGGUUAUUGGUCAUGCAUCUGCAUGUGUUGCUACCCUUCCUCUUCUGUAUUGGCGUUUUUUGCACCGCAACCAGGGUACUGAACAAGAUUCGACACAAGCACGCCAAGAUGCCCCCCGGAAUAAUCCUGCUCCUGAACCUUCUCCUUUUGCGGCUACUUCAGUUUUGCGAGCCACGGAUGAGGAGGAUAGCCAAGCUGCUGUUUCAUCUGCAAGAAAUGCUGAAAGCGUGGGAAUAAGUGCAAGGGUCAAUGUGCUAGUAGACCAGUUCACGAUAGCAUCACACUUCUUCUUUGUGGUGUGGCUUUUCGUUGGCAAUAUCUGGAUAUUAGGAUUUAAUGGGCACUCUUCUUCAGCUGAGGAACCCAGCUUGUACAGGUUGAGUAGAUUCUUCCUCAAGAUUUGCAGUAUUUGGUAUCCCUUUGUAUAUGCAAUUUGUUGCUGCUUGCCUUGUACAGAUUUUCUGGGUUUCCAUGAAGAUGCGAAUCAUAUUAGAGGAGCUGCGGCAGAAAACAUUAAUGUUUUACCAACAUAUGGAAGGAGUAGGGGAGGGUGGUGGGACACCAAUGGAGAUGAU